GACUCAGUUCCCAACGCUUUCUCUGCUCCAACAGACAAAGCAGCGGCUGCGGCAGCCACACAGUAGUGACAAAAGAACAAAAAGAGAGAAAAAUAAGCCUACAUUGCUGUGAAGAUACAACAUUUUUAAUCUCGCCGUCUCGGUCCAGUUGGAGUGCACAAAUCAGAUAAUUGGGUUGAAAUUUUAGAAAAAGCUUAGCUUUGCUUGCUAAACUAAACUUUGGGGGCGUUCGCGUCAUCUGUCUGUCUUUCCCCCGUCACCCACACAUUGAAUUUGUAUCUACAUUUCUGUGUGUGCAUAUGUGUGGGAUUCUCUGGAUUUUCAAUUGAACUGAAUCUAGAGAAAAAAUGAGUAUCAACACGGAUCAGGAGACCGCUCCCAUUGCCACACCACGUAAUGGCAGCGCUGGCAAUGUCUUCCGCAGUUUUGGUUCGCUCUUCGGGGGCGCCAAUAAUGACAACAACUCAGUGGCAACACGUAGUAGUUCUGGCGAUGGCUACGUAGAAUUUGGGAUGCAGGAUCCGGAACGUAAUGGUCGGACAUUGGGAACAUUUGCCGGUGUCUUCAGUCCCGUGGCCUUGUCCAUGUUUAGCGCCUUGGUUUUCAUACGAGUCGGCUAUAUUGUGGGAAACGCUGGACUGUACAUAACUCUGUUGCAAUUCAUCAUCGCGUACGCUAUUUUAAUCUUUACUGUGGCCUCUGUCUGCGCCAUUUCCACAAAUGGGGCUAUUGAGGGUGGCGGUGUCUACUUUAUGAUAAGUCGCACUUUGGGCCUGGAAUUCGGCGGCUCCAUUGGAACCUUGUUCUUUUUUGCCAAUGUGGUUGGCUCUGCUAUGGCCAUCUCAGGUUGUACCGAGGGCAUAAUGAAUGACUUUGGUCCCGACAGCAGUUUCGGUGUCGCCGUUUUGCCUGGCGGUCCCUGGUGGAGCUUCCUGGUCAGCAGCCUAAUCAAUACAUGCAUGUUGCUCGUCUGCUUGGUGGGUGCCGCCCUCUUUGCCAAGACGUCAGUAAUUAUUUUGGGAACUGUGAUUAUUUGUCUGUUCGCUACGUAUAUCAGUUUCCUAGCCAAGGGAGCAACCAACGACACGAUACCCGAUGCUAGUAAUGCAACGGGAUUCCUAAAUUACACUGGCCUCAGUGCUCAAACUUUGCGUGACAAUCUGGGCUCACAUUAUGGCGUUGAUUAUACAUCGAAUAGUAAACCGGUCGAUUUUUCGACCACUUUUGGCGUUUUGUUCUCUGGUGUGACGGGAAUCAUGGCUGGAGCCAAUAUGUCGGGAGAGUUGAGAAGCCCUUCGAAGAGCAUUCCUUGGGGAACACUGUCGGCUGUGGCCUUCACAUUUGUCUCGUAUAUUAUACUGUCGUUCCUGAUGAGCUGCACGACUCCGUUUGCCACCAUGCAGAAGAAUUACUUAUUCCUGAUGCCCAUUAACUUGUGGCCACCAUUUACCGCAAUUGGCAUACUUACCGCCACCUUCUCGACGGGUCUUAGCAAUUUGAUUGGCUCUAGUCGCAUUCUGGAAGCAUUAUCCAAGGAUCAAGUGUUUGGAUCUCUGCUUAACUUUGUUUUGAGUGGCACAUGGAAGGGAAAUCCCAUUGCCGCUGUGGUGGUCAGCUGGUGUUUGGUAGAGUGCGUUUUGUUGAUUGGAUCAUUUAACAUUAUUGCCCAAAUCAAUUCGGUCCUAUUUAUGCUCUCCUAUUUGGCCACCAAUUUGGCGUGUUUGGGCAUUGAGCUAACGGGUGCUCCCAAUUUCCGACCGCUGUUCAAGUACUUCACUUGGCACACUUGUCUGGUGGGUCUUCUGGGUACACUAAUCAUGAUGUUUGUUAUAAAUCCCAUCUAUGCCUCGUCUUGCAUCAUCCUGUGUCUAAUCCUGGUAAUAGCCUUGCAUCUCUUUUCACCGGCAACUCAAGCUGCGCAAUGGGGCUCAAUAUCCCAGGCCCUAAUGUUCCAUCAGGUCCGAAAAUAUCUUCUUAUGUUGGAUCCACGAAAAGAUCAUGUCAAAUUCUGGCGCCCACAAAUUCUACUCUUGGUUUCCUCACCACGUUCGUGCUGCCCUUUGGUUGAUUUUGUCAACGAUAUGAAAAAGAGCGGCCUCUAUAUCAUCGGUCAUGUCAAAUUGGGUGAUUUCCGUGCUGUCGAGGAUCCAGAGGAGAAUCAGAAAUGGUGGUCCUUCCUGGAUCACAUGCGCGUUAAGGCCUUUACCGAGGUGACACUGAGUCGUAGCAUUCGUGAAGGUGUCCAGCACCUGAUCAGAUUAUCCGGCAUUGGAGCCAUGAAACCAAAUACUAUCAUUUUGGGUUUCUACGACAACGAAGCACCCAAGGACUUUUUCCAAAAUGGUUCGUCGCCCUACAAAACGGAUGAUUUCAAUAAUGGAGACAUUCAAAGCUUCCCUAUUCGCCGAGAUGGUGAACCUAAGCAUUUUCAGGUGCAGGAAUAUGUACAAAUUCUUUGCGAUACUCUGCGCAUGAAGAAGAAUCUUUGCCUCUGCAGAAACUUUCAACGGCUGGACAAGAAUUUCAUAUCAAUAAGCAAACAUGUCAAGUUCAUCGAUGUCUGGCCUAUAAACAUAUUUAAUCCAACAUCGGGAGAUCCCUUUGACAUGGUGUCUUUGUUCAUGAUGCAACUGGCGGUGAUCAUGCUGGCGAAAUGGAAGCAUUUGCGUGUCAGGAUUUUCCUCUGUGAGGCGCCUGAGCAACGAACUGUGGGGACCUUUGACACACAAGCUCCGCAAAUGGAAGUUUUCUCCAAAAUGAAAUUGGAACAAUCGUUGAAGGAGCUUCGUAUCAAUGCGGACAUCAUAGAGAUACAAGAAUGGAGUCGUGACACCGACUUCAGUCGACUUGCACGGACAGUGAAGCAAUAUACCGCGCAGGCGGAUGAAACCCUGUUGAGUGACGACGAUGAUGAGGCAAGUGAGGAUAAACUUAAUCGCUCACUAUUGUAUAUGCAGCGUGCCAAUCAAAUCAUACGUCAACGCUCAGACCAAACCGCCUUAUCAUUCGUCUAUUUGGCUGCUCCGCCAAAGUUAUCCGUACCAGAUUUCAAUGAGCGCAGCGCAAACUAUGUGGAAUUGCUAACAGAGCUUACAGCUGAAUUGCCGCCAACCAUACUGGUGCAUGGCGUCAGUACGGUGACCUCGACAACGCUGUAAACAUAGUACAUGGACCAGAUGUGAUAUAAAAAACUCCCUAGAAGCGGAUUAAACCAAUUUAGCCGAUAGCACUCGCUCUAUUCAAAUUGUGUGUGAGGCAUAUUAUUGUUGUGUGCAUAAGAAUAAGCUGAAUCCACAAAUGAUUUCAAUGUAUUAUGUAGUAUACGAGUAGUCGUCAUUAUUUGCAUGGUGAUUCACUUCAUCAAUUCUGCAUUUAAUCUAAACUAUUCGUACAGGUUAAUUCACAAUUCUGAUAAAAUAUUUAUAUACAUUCUAAUUGGUUCUUUUUAGUUCGAUUUUUAGUUUGUCUUUAAUUGUGCUUUGUUUAUCGAAAUGGAAAACGAUUCUUAUAUUUAUUUGUAGCUAAUUGGAAUUCAUUUGCACAUAAAUCGUUCUAUAAGAAAAACAAUUUUAAUAUCACACAAAGUAAUUAUCAUAUCAGUCAUUUAACACCCAAUUUUAUACAAUUACAAAUAACGAGGCAACAAUGACAUCAUCCCAACAACAAAAUACACCGAUAUUAAAACAAUUUGUGAUUGAGAAACAUUUAAAAAAAAAUAUUUAAAAAGAAAAGUAUUAGAAAACUGGAUUUGAUAGCGAUAAACGAUAGAGAAUGAUAGGAUAAAAGGUAAACACACAGUUCACUCUUAGCCACAAAUUUAAGUUGUUCAAUCAGUUUUUGUUUAGCUAAGAUUUACAUAUACACCGUACAUACAUACAUAUAUACAAAACUAUUCUUAAAAAGCGUUAACGAUUUGAACUGUGCAAUACUUAUGUAAUUAUUUAAAACAAUUGUAUUGCAAUGUGAAUUCAUUUCUUUCCAAUAACAUAAUAAAAUUAGAAAUAUGUAUUUAUACUAUCCGUA